CCAGAUCCUACAAAAUGGAUAAAAGGAAAUUUCAGCUUGAUGUGGACUGCCCACCAGAUAAAGACAUGGAUGGUAACUCAUUUUAUCCGGGAUAUGGGGUUGAAAACUCAAUGACGGCGAGGCUAGCCUCACUCGAUCAUUUGUCUCUGGAGAUCUUGGUGAAGAUCAUGUCUUCCUUGACACUUAGAGAAAUACUGCUGCUUGAGACGACUUCUAAGAAACUUUCAAUCGCCGCAACAAUCCACUUGAGAACAAGAAAAUCGGUCGACUUUACGGAGGGAAAGUGGUACGGAGAAAUGUCCCCACUCAUUACAGAUGGUAUAUUUUCACGACUGCUUCAACGAUGCCCAGAGGUAACUAGCGUGUUCGGAAUACAUCCUCGGUCAAUAACUAAACGACAACGAAGGCAUGCAGAUACUUUAAGUGUCGAUGGUAUCACUGCUGCUCUAACUUUCUGUAAUAAACUUAAAUCCAUCAGCACUUCCAAUAUCCAAGUGUUGGAUGCCAUGUUGGCUAUCAAUCCAAAUUUGGAAAUUGCCGGGGGCUUCCGGAACCGGGGGGGAGACUUUCCGAUUUCUCCGCAAAGUCGAUUAUCAAUUCCUAGUAGAGUCAAGUUAUCUCAGCUGAUUCUAACAGGGGUAACAGUACCGUCCUUACCUCUGAUAGAAAGUUUAAGCUUUCUUCAGCUGCGCUGGGUGAAGUUUACAGAUCCUGAGCCGUUCAGAGAUUUUUCCUGCCCUAAGCUGGAGCAUUUCAUCAUGAAAAACUGCAUGGGUGAUGUUAAAACUGGAUCAUUUAGUCCACUAGCUUGUAUUCCACUUUUCCAUGCACUUGGAAAAGCGGCCCAACUGGAACGUCUUGAAUUGGUGCGAGUCCCUUUUCCAGGAGGUGUGUUUCGCCAUGUGGUUGAGGACAACUGGCGACUAGGCAGUUUUCGAUAUCUAACACGAGUGUCUCUUGCAUCGUGUUAUGAUGCUCUUGAAGUAGAUCUGGGGUACUUGGUGCUAGUGUCUGCCUUUCGAUUAGAAGAAUUACUUGUUCAGCCUUCUUUGACGAAGGAUGCAGUGUUCUCGGCAUUGCUAAUGGCUCAUGCUGAAUAUCCAAGAUUUGAAUGUCUUCAUCUUGGAUAUGCUGAUGACUUUCCUGAAAAGGGGCAAUAUACAGAGGAGGAGCUGCUAGAGCAUGGCUUAAUAGUAGAAAGGGAGCAGACACCCGCAUUGUCUGAUAGAGGAAUGAAACUAGCUUUGCAAGUUUUUCCUCAGGUACGCUAUUUAUCAGUGUACAAUUGCCCCAAUCUGCGGAAUGCAGCACUCUGGUUUACUCCGAACUUAACAUGUAUGGCACUCUGUGAUUUGACUCUACACAAAUGCAAGAGUUUGUCUUUGGAACAUUUCUCCCAUUUUUUUCGUCAGCUGCCAGCCAUUGAAUACCUCCAAAUUGAACAUAUGUUCAAGACAGGAUCAUCCAUGGACCUCAGUGAAACUGAAGAUGUUUCUAAUAAGGAAGGCAAACUUGUUUUGUCAUCGCAAGUCAUAAAAAGUGUUUCCUUGCGGAAAUGUGGAGUCAUCAAGUUGUCAAUCAUCAAUUGCCCAAGACUCUGUUCUUUUUCAUGCAACUCUUGCAAAAAGCUGUCCCAAGUUGAGUUCCAGAACUGUCUUUUGAAUCGUGCAAACUUCUCAUGGUGCCCAGCCUUGCACAUGAAGAGCUUAUUAGAUGAGUUAUACAAUUUACCUGUGAAUACUAGUCGAAUCAUUUCUCUACAACCGACAGAAUCAUUUGAUCCAGUUGAACUUGAGCGGCAGUUGUUCUCAUCAACACUUGACUACCAUUUUUGUGUCAUCCAUGAUCAGGGAAAUCCUGUGGGCAUAGUGACAAAGGUUUCUAUUUACAGCUGGGUUGAUACCAUUACCGCUAUCAACAAUGAGCUAAUUGACAAUCUUGGAUUCAAACCUGUAGACAGCACAUUAGAAAGAUUUCCUCACUUUCCCUGGAAUAGAGACAUCUAUCGAAUCCAAAGAGAACUUUCUAGUGGGCCUGUUGAGAUCAUGACAGAUGUCCCAUGGCUUCGAAAACUCUCUUCCUCCAAGGACAGCUGUUUGCCACAGUACUUAAGUCAUGCAAGUCAUAGGCAACUGCCAAGGUUGCGGAAUAACCUUCCUAUGAGUGUGUGCCUUGAUGUUUUGAAAGAAGAAAUUUCUGAGAGUUUUUCAGUGGAGCAAAGACUGCAUAGGCAUAUUUUGGUGCUUUAUUUGAACACCGUUGAUGUGAAAUAUGUCUACAACCUUGCUGGCCAUUCACAGCUGUAGUCUAGUGGUUGAAUAUUGCAGUCAAAAUACUUACAGGGUAGCAUGUUCUGUUUAUAUUUAAGAAUGACUGUCAUUACUCCUGAAUUGAUUCUAUUUUUCAUUCCAAACUUCCAAAUUUUAAAAAAUGCUUGUUUGGGGAUUUGUUUGGGACAACUGCAGAAAGUUAUUAAACCAGAUCAAAAUAAUGAUGAUUAUACAGUAGUUAUGUAAACAUGUAGUUGUAAGACCAGUUGAUGAGCGUUCAUGUUUGUGUUUGACCACCAACUUUCAUGCUCUCCCAUUGACUCUUGCACACUUUCACUGACUUUGAAAUCUGUUUAUGUGUGCAGUUUCUUGAGAGUCGGCAAGUGUUUGUUUGUUUCACAGGCAGUUGAUGCCAAUGCUCAUGUUCUUGGCUCUUUUGACAAUGGAGUGGUGAUGAUGGAGGGAAAAAUAUUUCCUUCUUGUGUUUGUUUGCUCAGUUGUAAACUAUUUUCUGGUUUCAUUAUGCCUUAAACAGUUCAAUGUUUUUGUGUUUAACUAAUGCAAGGACAUAUUGCACAAAGAGUUGUAUUAUGCAAACUCCUUUCUACUCUUCCUAGUGAUGCUAUUGCAUACAAGUUUGACAAAUAAGGUAUAUACCAUAGAACUAGGUAUUGUGCCCCAAAGGUAGUAAUUUGGAUUAUUUUGGUUAAUUAUUAAGGUUGCCCUUUUUGUGAAAAAAUACUGUUAAACCAAGGAACCUGCCCUUCAAAUUUUCAAGGGAAGAGAGAUAUCCAGAACUUGUGGCCACGUGUAUGUGAAUCUCAGCAAUUUUCUGUGGUCACAUUAUAGUCAGCUGACAUUAUUGUUCUUACUUUUCGUUGGGUUUGAUUAUGUUUCACGUAGUUGUACAUGAAAUAGAGUUCCUGCGCCUCAGUAAAAAUAAACUCUGUGACUGUUUAAUAACAGUCUAAAAUGUUCAACGUACAGGCUUUGAAAUAGACUGUGUGCAUAGUCACGCUAUAAAAAAAUAAAAUCAAAAACCAUUCACUGGAUAAAGUCAAGAAAUUAUAUGUGAUAUUAUAGACAAUAAAUA